AUGGCGUCCUCAAAGGAAGCCAAGCCGUCCUCCGACGAGCCCGAAGGGAGGCCACCGUUUGGCAAUUUUUGGAGGAUCUUGUCGUAUGGCAGCCGACUCGACUUUGCCUUGAUGGCGGUUGCCGCGCUGUGUGCCGCCGGAACUGGCGUGGCUCUUCCGCUGAUGAAUAUCAUUUUUGGCAAACUCGCCGCGGACUUCACCGGUUUUUUUGUACCCGAUUCUGGAACCACAGAGGACCAGUUCCGGAACAGCCUUAACCGCAAUGUGUUGUAUAUUGUCUACCUCUUCAUCGGGAAGUUUGUGCUCGGCUACAUCUCCCUCUUUUGCAUUCGCAUGGCGGGACUCAGAAUUUCUGCUAAUUUGCGACUUGCAUACAUGUCUGCUUUGUUCAAACAGCGCGUCAGUUUUGUUGACAAACUUCCUGUUGGACGGCCAACCACCACCAUCACAACGUCCGCAAACCUCAUCCAAGCAGGCAUCGGAGACAAGCUCUCGAUACUGGUGCAAUCACUGACCCUCGUUGUUGCCGCCUCCGCCCUGGUAUUCAUCAUGGUCGUCUUUAGUAUCACGGUGCCUAUCUUUCUUGGACUUCAGAAAAAAGUCGACUUUGCCGACGAGAAGGCAUCGUCCGUCGCUGCAGAGGCCCUUGGCACCAUGAGAACCAUCGUCGCCUGCGGUGCCGAAGCCCGCCUGGGUGCAAGAUAUGCCGAGUGGAUCGCCGAAGCCAGAAAAAGGGGAUUGCGGAUUCCUCCGGUCAUGGGAGUUCACAUCAGCCCUGCUAACUUCGCCAUGUAUUGCAAUUUUGCAUUGACUUUCUGGUUUGGAGUGAGACAAUAUUCGAGAGGCAACGUGGAUGAUAUAGGUCAGGUCGUGAUAGUUAUAUUUUCUGUCCUUGUCGUCGUGUCCGCUAUAUCGAUGAUUGCUAGUCCGAUGAUCGCGAUAUCAAAAGCGAUAAGUGCGUCCACUGCCUUUUUCGAAGUGCUUGAUGCACCCAGUCCCAACACCUCAGGGCUGAAAGAACCGGAAAUUUCCGCAUCAAGGGAUAUUAAGUUUCACGAGGCGGUGUUCUCUUAUCCAAGUAGACCCAAUGUGAAGGUAUUGAAUAAAUUAUCACUCUGCCUUCCUGCUGGGAAAAUCACGGCACUCGUUGGUGCUUCGGGAUGUGGCAAAAGUACGAUUGUUGCGCUUUUGGAACGUUGGUAUCAAUUGGACGAUAAUCUUGAGCCGUUCAAGAAGUCCUGUGAUGAAGAAGAUUCGGAUCCCGAGGAUAAAAAAGCCAAUAGCGAUGCAGUAACGCCAAACGGCGGCACAAUUACCCUUGGCGACACGAAUAUUGUCGAUGUGCACCUUAAAUGGUGGAGAUCCCGGAUUGGUCUCGUUCAGCAGGAGCCAUUCUGUUUCAACACUUCAAUAUACCAGAAUGUUUCAUAUGGUCUUGUUGGAUCCGAAUGGGAGGGUGCGGAUGAGACGACAAAGCGACGCCUUGUAAAAGAGGCUUGCAUAGAAGCUUUUGCGGAUGAGUUCAUCAACAAAUUGCCAGAGGGCUACGACACACUUGUCGGUGAAAAUGGAAUGAAACUUAGUGGCGGGCAGCGCCAAAGACUCGCCAUUGCGAGAAGCAUCAUCAAAAAGCCCUCUAUCCUUAUCCUCGACGAGGCAACGAGUUCCAUCGAUGUUCGAGGUGAACGUAUCGUCCAAGAGGCUCUUGAUCGUGUGUCCAAGAAUCGAACAACUAUCACAAUCGCACAUCGUCUAUCAACCAUCAAGAAGGCAGAUAAAAUUAUUCUUCUCAAGGGUGGGCAGGCAAUGGAGGAGGGAACGCACGAGGAACUCCUCGCACAAGGAGGGCUCUAUCAUGCUCUUGUUAAAAACCAGCAGCUUGAAAUGGAUGACAGUCCCAGCUCUCCCCUACCAGUUAUAGAAGAUGUUCUAGAGCAAAGUGUUUCCAAUACAAGGACAUCCGAGAAGCAGACGGAUGAUUCUCACGGUUUGGAGGUGAGCGAAGAAGUUUAUAAGCCGAGAUCCCUUAUUCGUUCCGUGGGCUUGUUUCUCUGGGAACAGGGAAGGCUGUGGUGGCUGUAUGCAUCCGUCAUUAUUGGAGCUGUUGGGUGUGGUGCUGCAUUUUCGGUCCAGAGCUUCAUCUUUGCGCAUCUCGUGGAAACAUUCCAGCUUACUGAGGCCGCUGCGCUGCGAGAUCGAGCAAACUUCUGGGCGCUUAUGUUUUUCAUCCUUGCGAUUGGAGUUUUUUGUUUCUACUUUUUGUUGGGAUUCUCCUCUGCCUCGGUCUCCACGCACAUCGCCACCACCUAUCGCCAGGAAUACUUUGAGAGUAUUAUUCGCAAGCCAAUCCCGUUCUUCGAUAAAGAAGAGAAUUCAGCUGGGGCUUUGACAGGGCGAUUGUCCUCGGAUCCGUCCCAGCUCCAGGAGCUUCUAGGACCGUACAUGGCCUUUCCGCUUAUAUCAUUGUUUAAUAUUUUUGGAUGCAUUGCCAUAUCCUUCGCUUUUGGAUGGAAACUGACUCUUGUGUCGGUGUUUUCUGCAUUCCCACUGAUAAUCCUCGCUAUGUUCGUCAGGGUUAGAUAUGAGCUUCGGUUCGAGCGGCUGAACGCAGCAGUGUUCGCGGAGAGCUCCCAAUUUGCGUCUGAGGCCAUUGGUGCGUUUCGCACAGUCACAUCACUUACACUCGAAGAUUCCAUCAAUCAAAGAUAUGCCGCCCUUCUCCGCAGCCAUGUCAGGGCUGCAUUUUUGAAGGCGAGACAUGGUUGUUUGGUAUUUGCGGCCUCAGACAGCUUGGAUCUGGGAUGUAUGGCAUUAUGUUUCUGGUACGGUGGUCAACUCGUGGCACGUGGUGAAUACGAUGUGGUGCAGUUCUUCGUGGUUUACAUAGCCAUUAUUCUAGGUGGCCAAGCCUCCGGCCAAUUUGGCAGCUUAACUCCAAAUAUGGCGCAAGCAUCUGCGGCCGCCAAUAGGAUAAUAAGCCUCAGGCCCUCGGAAAGCGAGGCCUCUUCGGCGCCUGAUGCGCGUGUUGAAUUUGAAGGGGGUGCCAGAAUAGAGUUCAAAUCUGUGAGCUUCAAGUACCCAACGCGAGAUGUCCCUGUUUUCAGGAACUUAAACUUAACGGUUGAAAGAGGACAGUUUGCUGCGUUUGUUGGACCUUCUGGCUGCGGAAAGACAUCUAUCAUCUCCAUACUUGAAAGAUUUUACGAUUACCAAGCAGGCUCUAUUUACAUUAACGGAGUUGAGCUGCAGACUUUGGAGAUGAAGAACUAUCGUAGCGCUUUAUCACUAGUUUCCCAAGAACCAAUCAUGUAUCAAGGUUCCAUCCGAGAUAAUGUUCUCCUGGGAGUGGAUCGGUCAACGGUAACCGACGAAGAACUAUACCAGACAUGUCGGGAUGCGGAAAUCCACGAUUUCAUCCAGUCCCUACCGGAUGGGUAUGCGACUGAGGUCGGAAAUCGUGGCCUUUCUCUUUCCGGGGGACAGAAGCAGCGCCUGUCUAUUGCGCGGGCACUCAUGCGCAGACCCCAUGUUCUCCUUCUUGACGAAGCUACCUCCAGCCUUGACUCUGAAUCCGAGAAACAAGUCCAGGCCGCGAUCGAGCGGACGGCGAAGGGUAGAACUGUCCUCGUUGUUGCCCACCGCCUGGCAACGGUCCAGAAUGCCGAUGUUAUCUUUGUCUUUGGAGAGGCACGUGGAGAUGGGGAGAAGGGAGACGAACGAAAGGGAACAGAGAUUGUGGAAUACGGCGACCACAGGUCCCUGAUACGAAAGCGAGGCGUGUAUUUUGAGAUGUGCGAGUCCCAAGCUCUUGACCGCUAGUAGCUUGAGCCGGGAAAGAUUGGGGAUUAAAGUCCUGUCCUUUUAAUAUCUGAACAUGUGUUACUAGUAUGAGUAUAUAAAUAAGCAAUUCCACACUUUAUAUGGA